AUGGAGAUGGACGAAUGGUGCGGGGGCGAAAAGGUUGACGUGAUGAUAUCCAAUGGCAACUACAUCAAGGUGCCUAAGAAGGGUGCACGAUUCCUUCCUGGGUUGGAUGAGGCUUUUGCGCCAUGCUCCGGAUGGCAAAGGUACGGCGGCUGA